GCUUGAUAGUCUACUUAGGAAUGAUGGUGGGGGCUGUCCUGCUGGGUGGCCUUGCUGAUAAACUGGGAAGAAAGAAAUGCCUCAUCAUAUCGCUCGCGAUCAACGCUGCCUUUGCGUUCCUCUCCUCCUUCGUCCAGGGAUACGGAUUCUUCCUCUUCUGCCGCCUUAUCUCAGGCCUCGGUAUUGGGGGAUCCCUCCCCAUCGUGUUUGCCUAUUUCUCUGAAUUCCUGUCUCGUGAGAAGAGGGGGGAACACCUGAGCUGGCUCUGCAUGUUCUGGAUGAUUGGUGGCAUUUUUGCCUCAGCAAUGGCUUGGAGCAUCAUCCCACACUAUGGCUGGGGGUUCAGCAUGGGAACGAAGUACCACUUCCACAGCUGGAGGGUCUUUGUGCUUGUCUGCUCCCUGCCAUGCAUUGCCUCCCUGGUGGCACUGAAAUUCAUGCCUGAAAGCCCACGGUUUUUGCUGGAGAUAGGUAAACAUGAUGAAGCCUGGAUGAUCCUUAAGCAAGUUCAUGACACCAACAUGCGGGCCAAGGGUGAGCCAGAGAGGGUGUUUACGGUUUCCUAUAUCAAAACUCCAAAGCAAGUAGAUGAAUUUAUUGAAAUUCAGAGUUCAACAGGGACCUGGUACCAGCGGUGGCUGGUCAGAAUCACAACUGUUUUGAAACAGGUCUGGGACAACGUGCUAUAUUGUUUAACAGCCCAGUACAGGAUGAACACAUUGAUGCUGGCUGUGGUUUGGUUUACAAUGGCCUUAAGUUACUAUGGCCUUAUUGUCUGGUUCCCUGAUAUGAUCCGUUAUCUCCAAGACGAGGCGUACGAAUCCCGAGUGAAGAUCUUUGAUGAGGAAGAAGUGUCACACUUCACUUUUAAUUUCACCCUGGAAAACCAGAUCCAUAGAAAUGGGGAAUACAGGAAUGAUAAAUUUAUUGGCAUGAAAUUCAAGGAAGUGAGAUUUGAGGAUUCAUUAUUUGAGGAUUGCUACUUUGAAGAUGUGACAUCCAGUGAGACCUUCUUUGAAAACUGCACCAUCAUCUCUACUGUCUUCUAUAACACUGAUCUCUAUGAACACAAAUUCAUCAACUGCAGGCUCAUAAACAGCACGUUUAUGAAGGAGAAGGAAGGCUGUCACAUAGACUUCGAGGAGGACAACGAUUUCCUCAUCUACCUGGUCAGCUUCCUGGGCAGCCUGUCUGUGCUGCCAGGCAACAUCAUCUCUGCGUUACUCAUGGACAAAAUAGGGAGGAUAAAGAUGAUUGGUGGCUCAAUGUUGAUCUCGGCGGUGUGCUGCUUCUUUCUCUUUUUUGGGAACAGCGAGUCGGCGAUGAUCGGCUGGCAGUGUCUCUUCUGUGGGGCCAGCAUUGCUGCCUGGAAUGCCCUGGACGUCAUUACCGUGGAGCUCUACCCUACUGACAAAAGGGCAACGGCCUUUGGCAUCCUCAAUGGGCUUUGCAAGUUUGGUGCCAUCCUGGGGAACUCAAUCUUUUCCUCCUUUGUAGGGAUAACCAAGGUGGUUCCCAUCCUUCUGGCUUCCUCUGCUCUGGUGGGAGGUGGCCUGCUCGCUUUGCGCCUGCCAGAGACUCGAGAACAGGUCCUGAUGUGA